AAGCCACACGUUUCGUAAACUGUGCUGUGUGCGGUGCUGUUGCACGAAGUGUCUGUUGUCGGGGUGUAUGACAGUGUGGUAAUGUGAAACUAUCAUGUUUUGUACAACGUUGCCUGCAAUGAGCCAGUCGUCAUGGCGGAAUGUUUGGAUGCAGUGAAGAAAUGUUUAAGAGAAUUCCCACAGGAAGCUCGUGAGCUGUACCUCAAUGAAACCGUGCCAUAUUUGGAGGAGCCCCCAUCCCCCUUGGAGUUCUACCGAGAAUGGAUUGGUCCUAACAAGCCAUGUAUCAUCCGCAAUGCCUUCAAUCACUGGCCUGCUCUGCACAAGUGGAACCCAUCUUAUCUCAGGGAAAGAGUGGGCUCCAAGGUGGUCAGCGUGGCGGUCACACCUACCGGCUAUGCCGACGCAGUGCACGGGGAUCGCUUCGUCAUGCCUGAGGAGCGCCAAAUGACAUUCUCCUCUUUGCUGGAUGUGGUGGAGCAGAAGGAGGAAGGGGCGGGCGUGUUCUACGUGCAGAAGCAGUGCUCCAACCUGAUGGAGGAGCUGCCCGAGCUUACAGACGACCUGGAGACCCACAUCCCCUGGAUGAGCGAAGCCCUGGGAAAGUUGCCUGAUGCUGUGAAUUUCUGGCUGGGAGAAGCAAGUGCUGUCACAUCAAUGCACAAAGACCACUAUGAGAACCUGUACUGUGUGAUCUCUGGAGAGAAGCACUUCAUUCUGAUCCCACCCUCUGACCGGCCCUUCAUCCCGUACGAGCUGUACCAGCCAGCUACGUUCUGCCAGAGAAAGGACGGGACGUUUGAGGUGGUGGAUGAGGAGGGUGCAGACAAGGUCCCCUGGAUCCCGCUGGACCCCUUGAAUCCAGACCUGGAGCGUUACCCGGACUACCGGCUGGCUCGUCCGCUCACCUGCACCGUGAGGGCGGGGGAGAUGCUGUACCUCCCCUCCCUGUGGUUCCACCACGUGCGCCAGUCUCACGGCUGCAUUGCAGUGAAUUUCUGGUACGACAUGGAGUUUGACAUCAAGUACAACUACUUCCAACUGGUGGAGUCUCUCUCUGGAACAGUGGGCAUGCUAUGACAUCACUGGCAGCCACGGGUCAAGGGUCAUGAAAUCCCAGACACUCAGAGAGGGCACACACCCAGCAGGAGGAUGGAUCCAUUUGUCUGCGGUGGUACUCUGUGCUAGUGAGGCUCAGUUGUUGAGCUCAGCGGUGGAGCAUCUGUGAGCUUGAAAAUGUCCAACAUAACCUGCUGUGUAAUGCAGCUACAGUCAUGUUCUGCAAUCUUCCUGAGGCUUGGCAGAAAAAUUUUAAGUAUUUACAUUUUUAUUUUUACAUAAGAGUCUUGAUGGAAACACAUUUUGCUGUGAAUAUAUUUUAUUGAAUGUCCGUUAUAGCGUAGGUUUCAGCAUAGUAGAAUGUAUAGUUCUUGAGGCUCAUGUCCCCUGCAGGGGACAAAAAUGAAUUUCUGGGUCUUAAGAGCCUCCCCAGCAAAAUGUAUAUAAAUGCAGGCCUGUUCGGCCUUUGGCUGUCAGUAUAUCCUCGCAAAGACCUUGCGGUCACAACAUGACACAAUAAACGGAAGCAACAGUGUAAUAAA